GCCGCCCCGCCCACCUCUUCGUCACGGCUCCCUAGGGCAUCGCGCUCCGUCCUUGUUUGCUCCGCCAUUUUGAAGGAGCAGCGCAGAACGUCUCUGCAUUCGGAUUCUAUAUAAAAUCUUCUCGGGCUUCCCCCCCCUAACAACAUGAGUUCCCCCGUGAACGUGAAGAAGCUGAAAGUGUCGGAGCUCAAAGAGGAGCUGAAGAAGAGGAGGCUGAGCGAUAAGGGGCUGAAGGCCGAUCUCAUGGAGAGGCUGCAGACCGCCUUGGAUGAGGAGUUAGAGGCCGGAGGCGGAGUGGUCGGCGGUGCGGUCUCAGACGAAGGGGCCGAGGCCGCGGAAGGAGCAGACAUGGAGCCGAGCACUGCGGAGGAGGAAGAAGAGGAGGAUGAGGAAGCCAUGGAGGUUGGCGGGGAGAAUGGUGGCGACGAGGAGGAGGCCGAGGCCGCCCCCCCGGAUGACGAGAACGGAGACGAUCAGGGCUUUCAGGAGGGCGAGGAGGAUGAUGAGGAUGAGGGGAUUCCCGUGGGCCUGGAGGAAGAGGAUGACGAAGAAGGUGCCAGCGAUAAUAACCGCAACAAAGAAGAAGCCAAACCGGAGACAGAUAGUGUGCCCAGCGGGCCCCGGCCUCUCAUGGCCAUCAAGGUGGACGAGGCAGGGGCAGCAGGCCGAGGCGAUGGGAAAGAAAAAGAUAAGAAAAGAGGAGUGAAAAGGCCACGCGAGGAUCAUGGACGUGGCUAUUUUGAGUACAUUGAAGAAAACAAAUACAGCAGGUCCAAAUCGCCCCAACCACCAGUGGAAGAGGAAGAUGAAAAGGUGGAUGACGCAAAUGUUCUUCUUGAUACUUAUAACUGUGACCUACAUUUCAAAAUCUCACGGGAUCGUUUAAGUGCCUCUUCCCUCACUAUGGAGAGUUUUGCUUUCUUGUGGGCUGGAGGCAGGGCUACAUAUGGUGUUUCCAAGGGGAAAGUUUGCUUUGAAAUGAAGGUUACAGAAAAGAUUCCAGUAAAGCACCUGUUUACUAAAGACCUUGAUGUUCACGAAGUCCGUGUUGGUUGGUCCCUAAGUUCAUGUAGUUCAGUAUUGGGUGAAGAAGAACAUUCUUAUGGCUAUUCCUUGAAAGGAUCCAAAUCUUCUAAUGGUGUCGCAGAAGACUUUGGCGAGAAGUAUGAUGAGAAUGAUGUGGUCACUUGUUUGGCUAAUUUCGAAGGUGAUGAAUUGGAGUUGUCUUAUACUAAAAACGGUCAGGAUCUUGGAGUGGCAUUUAAAAUUGACAAAGAAGCUCUUUCAGAUAAGGCUCUCUUCCCUCAUGUCCUCUGUCACAACUGUGCUGUAGAAUUCAAUUUUGGCCAGCAGGCUGAGCCUUUCUUCCCGCUCCCUGAAGGAUAUCAAUUUAUUCAGGACGUGGCACUGGAAGACCGUGUAAGGGGACCACUAGGACCUGAACAGAAAAAAGAUUGCGAGGUAAUCAUGAUGAUUGGUUUGCCUGGCGCUGGAAAAACAUCAUGGGUAACCAAACAUACAGAAGAAAAUCCUGGAAAGUAUAAUAUCCUCGGAACAAAUAACAUCAUGGAGAAAAUGAUGGUUGGUAAUAAAAAGACGACUGAUCCUGCCAAGCUAAACUCUUUGCUUCAGAGGGCUCCACAAUGCCUUAGCAAGUUCAUUGAGAUUGCUGCUCGUAAGAAGAGGCACUACAUCCUUGAUCAAACCAAUGUGUCUCUGGCGGCUCAGAGGAGGAAAAUGUGCCUGUUUGCAGGUUUCCAACGCAAGGCUGUUGUUGUGUGCCCAAGUGAUGAGGUGUACAAAGAGAGGACACAGAAAAAGGCUGAAGUAGAGGGUAAAGACCUCCCAGAACAUGCCGUACUUAAAAUGAAAGGCAAUCUUACCCUGCCAGAAGCAAGCGAGUGCUUUGAUGAAAUAUCUUAUGUGGAACUGCAAAAAGAAGAAGCUGAGAAACUUGUAGAGCAGUACAAAGAAGAAAGCAAGAAGGCUCUUCCCCCAGAGAAGAAGCAAAACGUUGGCUCUAAGAAGGUUAACAAAAACAAGAAUAACAAGUCCAGAGGGGGUAUGCAACAUGGACAUGGUGGAGGGCACAGAGGCCGUGGAGGUGGAGGCUAUAAUAUGCGUGGUGGAAACUUCCGUGGUGGAGCCCCAAUGAAUCGUGGAGGAUUUAACAGGAGGGGGGGCAACAUGCCACAGCGUGGAGGUGGUGGUGGUGGAGGAGGAGGAGCAGUUGGAUAUCCAUAUCCUCGUGCACCAGUCUACCACAACCGAGGAGGAGGUUAUGGUAACCGCGGGAACUAUGGCCGUGGAGGUGGAGGUGGAAUGCCCAAUCGUGGAAACUACAACAACCAGAACUUCAGAAGAGGCGGAGGGAACCGUGGUUUCAAAAACCAUUCUCAGGGGUACAACCAGUGGCAGCAACCGGCCCAAUACUGGGGUCAAAAGCCAUGGAGCCAGCAGUACCACCAAGGAUAUUAUUGAAUACCCAAAUAAAAAUGAACUGAUACAUAUUUCUCUUCAAAACCUUCACAAGAAGUCGACUGUUUUUCUUUAGGUUAACUUUUAAAACAAAAACAAACAAAAAAAAAAAAACAUUCCACAAGAGGAAGUGCCUGCGGGUUCUUUAUUGGUUUUGUUUAAAACAUUUGUUUUUAGUUGCUUUUUUGGGUUGCAUUUUUUUUGUACAUUUUUAUUGCAGUUUUAAAGUACUAAGAACCUUAGCAUUGUGCACGAUAAAGAAUGUGUCAGUAUUUCAGGGUUCUCUAUUUUUCUCUGUAAUGUUUUUGUUUUUAAUUUCUAAAAAGUAAAAGAUAUUGCUUUGUACUUGGUGUCAUUAUUUAGGGUUUGAAGCCCUUCAUUGUCGCAGUGCAUAGGAAGGAAGUCAGGGUGCUGCUUUAGUGUUUUUUUUUUUUUUUUUUCCGUGGCUCAGAAUUUUGUAGUGGUCCUCAGCGUUCAGUCAUUCUUUCUUUUUACCUCCAUCUCACUAGUUUAGGGAGCAAACUUCCUGGCUUGUUAGAUCUUGAGGGCUGUUUCCAGCGUAAUGAGGGAAUGCACUAAACUAGCUUUCUGAGGAAGAUAGGUUGGUGCGUUAAUAGCUCUUUAAUGUUUUACUUUUCCUGUGGAAACCGCAGAGACUUUAACUUGUGAAGGUUUCAUAUUUUCUCCAUUUGUUAAAACACUUCGAUUCUGCAAAGAAUAGGCUUGAUAUGCCUGUUUCUUAUUAAACUAAACUUGUUGUAAAUCUAGCUGUCUGAUGGGAUCUGUAUGAAGUUAGCUGUGUUUGUAUCGCCUACUUACCCUUCCCUUGCAAUUUUUUUAUUUGCAUAGUGUGCUUGUAGUUGCACCAUUAUUGUAAACUAAUUAUAUUGUGAGUACAUUAUUAGCUAGCAUUUCUUUCUUAAGAAAUAAUGUCAGUUCUUUAUAUUUUGCCUGCUAACCUCUAAAGAGGGUGAGCUGGAAUACAUCGAUAGAAUUUUAUUUGCAAUAAAUAAAAAUGAUUUACA